AUGUCGGAGCACAUACCUGAAGAUGUGAUAUCGAAGAUCUUCCAGAGGUUGCCCGUCAAGUCCUUGAUCCGCUUCACCUCUGUUUCGAAGCGCUGGCGCUCCAUCAUUCUCCAAGACCCUCAUUUCGCCGCAUCCCAUUACCAAAUAGCUUCUGAAAACAAAACGCUCAGUCACAGUGUCUGCUUCCGCGGCUAUUUCGACUCUGACUGCUUCUUCGAAUCCCAAACGACGUCAUCGUCUUCUUCUCCGGUGAUGAAGACAGGCCUUCGCUGCCCGUUCACGAAACCUGACAGCUUGGUUUACCUGUACUGUUCUUGCCGUGGUUUGAAACUACCUGAUCCUGGUGUUCCAAAUGAGUUUCAAAUCUUUACUGGUUUCGGCUACGUCUCGGCCACUGACGACUACAAGAUUCUCAUCGCCAACUCUAGAUUUGAGGAGGGAGAGCAAUCCAAGAUCCACAUCUUCUCGUCGAAAUCCAAAUCUUGGAGAAGGAUUCAAGAUUCCCAAUAUUCGGGUUUGUCGAUGUCAGUUUUGGGGACUCUUUGUAACGAGACACUUCAUUGGCUGAGGUUCAAGCAAGAUAUUAUAGUUGCUUUUGAUUUAGCAGAUGAGAAGUUCCGGAUAAUGGCGCUGCCUGUUGUUGAGGAGUAUGGAGGUUUAGGGGACUUUGGAGGUUGUCUGUGUGUGUUUGGUCAGGUGGAUGUUGCUGCUGCCUCUAUAGAUUUGUGGGUCAUGAGGGAAUAUGGUAAGGGUAACUCCUGGACUAAGCUGUUUAACUUGAGGAUUUCUGAUCAGCCUGAUAAGCAGAUAUGUUAUGUCCAGCCAAUCUUGGUUACUGAAACUUGUACAUUUCUGGAGAUACAUACUGAAUCAGGAAGUGACCGAAGGGUGGCGAAGCUGGUCAAGAGUUAUCAUAAUGAAUUGAAGAUCGAAGAGGUUCAUGUGGAUAGAUAUAGGCACGGAAUGGUUGGAUAUGAAGAGAGUCUACUUUGGCUUGAGUAA